AUGGGCGCGCAAUUGAGACUUGUAGCGUGUGUUCUGGGAAUCUAUGCUACAUUUCUGACGUGGUCGUUGGUGUAUGAGCCGCUCACUACUCGUGAAUGGCCCAAUUCGCAGGCCAAAUUCCAAGCGCCGUGUAUUGUUGCAUUAGUGCAGGCUGCAGUGGCUGCGAUCACCGGAUACCUUUAUCUACAGCGUGAAAGUACGAACUACACGACCGGUGAAUUUUUAAGAACAAACUGGCGCGACUUGCUGGCAAUAUCCUUUACACAGAGCGUCUCGAGCCCAUUGGCCACGCAUUCGCUGCAGUACGUGGAUUUUCUGACCUACAUGCUGGCUAAAAGCUGCAAGUUGAUCCCGAUCCUAGCAGUCCAUCUGAUGCUGUAUCACACCAAGAUUUCAAACGACAAGAAAGUUGUCGCCGUCGCUGUCACCUUCGGAGUGGUUCUCUUUAACUUAGGCUCCAGGAAACCUGUGAGCAAGAGCAGUCAUCACGAAACAAGUUUCAUCACUGGUUUCUUACCUCUAGCUUUGAGCCUUUUGCUUGAUGGGUUCACCAAUGCUACACAGGAUACACUUUUGAAACGCAAUAAAGCCAGUAAAGACCAAAAACCCAUCACGGGCGGCCAUUUGAUGUUGGGACUCAACCUUUGCAUUGUGAUAUGGAACUUGCUGUAUUUGGCAGUUUUGGACCCGAAUCAGGCAUUGAAAACCAAGACGAUGAUUACGCAAGAUCCGCUUAUCGCUUAUUAUCUUCUGACCUAUGCAGUAUGCGGUGCCUUGGGACAGAUUUGCAUAUUCUACACAUUACAGGAGUAUGGUUCCCUAGUUUUGGUCAUGGUGACUGUUACCAGAAAGAUGUUUUCUAUGAUCCUCAGUAUUCUGGUUUAUGGCCAUCACGUUUCUAAGCUACAGUGGCUAGGAAUAUGCAUUGUCUUCGGCGGAAUCACGAGCGAAGCGGUUCUCAAACGCCAAGCUGCAUCGAAGACCAAGUCGGAGUGA